CAGUUACAAUCACAGGUUACAACAUUGGCCGGUUCUGUCAGCUUUCAUGGAAUCCGUUUUGCUGCGGCGUGGAAUUCUCGCUGUUCUCUUAUAAGAAAAACGCGCAGUGACAUGUAUUUACACUUCCGUGAAUAAUAUCAAUCUCCAACUGUGCUUGUAUACUCAUACGUGUAUAUAAAUCUGGCGAGCCAUAUAUCGUCAACUUUGUUUUUGGCCAACAAUUAGACAGAAUGGGGAUUACUGGUUUACUCCCGUUUUUGGAAAAAGCAUCGACGAAGGGCAAUAUCAGUCAAUUUUCCGGAGGGACGGUAGCUAUUGACAGUUAUUGCUGGCUUCACAAAGGAGCUUUUUCAUGUGCCGAAAAAUUGGCCCUUGGACAACCGACGGAUGCGUAUGUUACAUAUUGUAUGAGGUUUGUUAAUAUGCUGCUUGGCAAUAACAUUAAACCAAUUCUAGUAUUUGAUGGAUGUCAUUUGCCUGCAAAAAAAGAUACAGAAUCUAAGAGAAGAGAACUUAGAGACAAGAACCGUAAAAAAGCUGCUGAAUUAAUACGACUCGGUCAAGUGGCAGAUGGGAAAAAUCUACUAAGGCGGUCAAUUGACAUAUCGCAUGAAAUGGCAUCAAAUCUCAUCAAAGCAUGCCAUGAACGCAAUAUUGAUUGCAUCGUAGCACCAUAUGAAGCAGAUUCUCAGCUAGCAUAUUUAAACAUUUCUGGCAUAGCAGAUGUUAUUAUCACAGAGGACAGUGACCUUACAUUAUUUGGUUGCAAAAAGAUAUUUUUUAAGAUGGAUGUCACAGGUAACGGUGUACUCGUUGAACAAGACCGUUUUCAUUUAGCAAUGGGUGUGCGAUCCGAGCACUUUAGCAUGGAUAAAUUUCGUUAUAUGUGUAUUCUAUCAGGUUGUGAUUAUUUGCCUUCGCUGCCAGGCAUUGGCCUGGCCAAGGCAUGCAAGUUUAUUAACAAGACUGCUGAAACAGACAUGCAUAAGGCGCUCACAAGGUUGUCCUCAUACCUUAACAUGAAAUCCCUAGAUGUUUCCAUAGAGUAUAGGGAUGCAUUUCUCCGAGCAGAUGUUACAUUUAAACACCAAUUAGUCUUUUGCCCUGUCCAAAGAAGACAAGUACGCCUUACUCCUCCGCCACCUAAUGUCACGCCAGAACAAUUGCAUUUUGCAGGCAAAGAAAUGCCUGAUGACUUAGCUUGGCAGUUAGCCAUUGGCAAUUACGAUCCCAUGUCUCUAAAGAAGAUCCACGAUUACGAUCCUGACACUUAUGCAUCUGGAAAGAGUAUAACAAGAACCAAUUCUUGGAAAGCUGCAUCAAUAGUAAAACAUGAUAGCAUUUGGAACAAAAAUUUUAAAAUCGAUAAAAAACCAAAAAAAGAAGACAAGCAGACAACAUUGUGGCCUGAUACAUUCGGUAAAGUGACUGUUCUCAAAACGUCCGAUAUUGCACGACCGUUAACGUCACCUAAGCGCAGUUAUGAAGAAGUUGAAGAGAUGGAACAAGAAGAACUGAUUAAAUUAUAUACAAGAAAUGAAUCUGAGAAUAACAACAAACGCUCAUGUAGUAGCGUUGAUGUAUCUAAGCUCCAACUAGAUACAUAUGGUUCAGAAGAAAGAGAAAAAUCUCCAAUAUUAGUCAGGAGAGCAAAUCCGUUUGCAAAGUCCACCAAGUCUCUGGAGAUUUCUCCUAGUCUUUUGGAUAAAGGCAAGAACCGUUCUAAAUUUAGAAACUUGGCUAGAUUUCGGCCGACUGUGGUGGACAAUAAUGUUUUAACGCAGAGUAAAUUUUUUCCACAAACUACUGAUUUACCCAAGGAACCAAAUUCUAAAAAUUGUGCAACAGCUAACGAUCACGAAACGGCACAGUGCAAUGGCAUGUACCAGUCCGCUGACUCUAAGGCAUACAAGGCAGAAGCACUGGAAUAUGACAAUCAUCUACCUCUUAGAACAGAUGAGCAACAAUUAGAAUGUAAGGAAUUAGAUAUUAAAAAUGAAAACAGAAUUUGUACUGUUGAAGAUGGAAUGAAAACGUCUCAGAAUCACGCAGUCAAAGAAGAGUCAUACAUAUCUGAUUCCACGUACGAAGAAACAGCAACUGAGAUACAUGGUGCCUUACUUGUAACGACAGAUGAAUCAACUUCAAGCGUACAUUCGUUAGACAUAAUUUAUAAUGACAAGGAGAGUAUUUUACCUAUGAAUACGCGAAAUUCAGUUAUUGCAAAUGGUUUACAAGAUCUACAGCCAAAUUAUACCAAGCCCAAUUUACUGCAAUGGACAAACACCAAAGUAAAUAGCUCAACAGCAUUGCUGUCCAUUGGUGUUUUGAACAGCCAAAGUAGUGGUGGGACUUUGAGGGCCAUGCAGGGAGCUGCUAAGAUGAAUCGUCUACCUCGGACCAAAAGUGUAAAUAAGAAGUUUCAACCUGUGAAAAGGAAGACUCAAGUAGAACAAGGACAACAAUGUCUGCUCAGCUCAUUUGGAUUUCAAAAAAAAACUGGUCUUCAGCAUUGAAAUUCGGAUUUAGCUUUACGUAUAGGGUGCAUUAAGCAAUAUGAAUUGCUGGUUCAAAAAUAUAUUGUUAAGCACAUUGCUGAAUAAUAUAAUGAAUACAAACAACGAAAAGGAACGGAUUGGUUAUUUAUAAUGUUGAAGCACCUGCUAACAAAAUAUUUUAUGUACAUUAAUUACGUUUUUUAUUGAAUUAGAAUGACUAAAUAAUUUGUUCAAUAUUCCUGAGUAAGAGCGACGCAUAAGAUACUAUCACAAUUUUGUUACGGAUAUUAAAUGCAUACAGCGAUAUGAUAUUUAGUUAUUCAUGCACACAUUAUUUCAGCAGAUAGUAUAUUAUAAAUACUUUUUUAAAUAUGGCCCAUUUCGAUCUUGUUCUGAGAAUAAACUUUCACAAAUCCUGCAUUUACACUUACAGUACAUAAAACUUCAAGUAUUCUUUUUUACGUUUUUCAAACCAUUGGACAAUGGAUUUUGAAUGUAUUGCUAAUCUUUGAUGGCGAAAAAAAAAAUUGCAUAACUUAGAUGAUACGACCAAUUCAAUGUGAUUCAUUAAUUUAUUGUUCCUAGACAAUUAUACUUACAUGUGCAUAUUUUUUUAUAAACAAAUACCUGUAAUAAUGAGAAAUAAACAUAUUUUUGAUAA